CGUAAAGGAUGGAGAACAACAUGGAUGAAGACAGCUCUUCUACAGUCAAUGUCAACAAUGCCAAAAAUCCUCUUAAAUCUGAAGAAGAAGUGGAACCAUCAACACUCCGGUGCUCUUCUCUGUUUUUGGUGUGUUUGGGGUUGCUUUGUGUCAUACUGGCUGCAAAAUUUGUCUACAUGGGUAUGAAGACGGCCAAUCAGCUGGAAAAUAUCAAAACUCUUACAACAGACAAAAAGCGACUGAUUGACCAACGAAAGAUGAUGAAAAACCAAAUUGAGCAGGUCAUCCGAGACAGACGCCUGAGCAUAUUAAGAGAGAGGGCUACCCGAGAGAGGCUUACUCAAGUCAGAGAGGAGCUGAACAAUAAGACAGAGGAGCUGAAACAAGAGACAGAGGAGCUGAAGGAAGAGAGAGGCGAGCUGAGCAAAGAGAAAGAGGAGCUGAACAAACAGAAAGAGGAGAUGAACCAAGACAGAGAGGAGCUGAUUAGUAACAGACGGGAGCUGAAGAAAGAGGGAGACGAGCUGAGGAAAGAGCAAGCCAAACAGAGCAAAGAGAAAGAGGAGCUAAAAAAAGAGGAAGAGGAGCUAAGCAAAGAGAAAACAGGGCUGAGCAAUGAGAAAGACGAGCUGAGCAAAAAGAAAGAGGAGCUGCUGAAAAAAAAUGACGAGAGAGCAGAACUUAUUAAAGAGAAAGACAAGCUGAGCAAAGAGAAGAAGGAGCUGAACACCGAGAAAGACAAACUGAACAAAAAGAAUGAUGAGCUGAUAAAAGAGAAAGAGGAGAUAAGAAAAGAGAAAGACAAACUGAACAAAGAAAAAAACAAGCUGAGCAAAGACAAACAAGAGCUGAGCAACGAGAAAGACAAGCUGAACAAACAGAAAGGAGACCUGGACAGAAUGAAAGCGGAGCUGAUCAAAAAGCAAGACGAGCUCAGCAAGAAAACAAAUGAGCUGAAAAAAGAAACAAAUAAGCUGGACAAAGAGAAAGAUGAGCUGAGCAAAAAGACAGAGGAGCUAAUCAAAAAGAAAGAGCAGCUGAACAAAGAGGAAGAUGAGCUGAAAAAAGAGGAAGAUAAGCUCAUCAAAGAGAAAGGAGAGUUGAUCAAAAAGAUAAAUGAGCUCAGCAAAAAAAUAAUAGAGCUGAACCAAGAGAAAGCAGAGCUGAGGAAAGAGAAAGCAGGGCUGAGGAAAGAGAAAGACAAACUGGACAAAGAGAAAGACGGGCUGAGCAAAGAGAUAAAGGAGCUGAGCAAAGAGAAAGACAAACUGGACAAAGAGAAAGACGCGCUGAGCAAAGAGAUAAAGGAGCUGAGCAAAGAGAAAGAUGAACUGAACAAAGAGGAAGGCGACCUAAACAAAAUGAAAGUGGAGCAGAGCAAAAAAAACGGGGAGCUGAGCAAAGAGAAAGAGGAGCUGAACAAAAAGGCAAAGGAACUGAACAAAGAGAAAGAAGUCCUGAGCAAAGAGCAAGCAGAGCUGACCAAAAAAACCGAGGAGCUGGAAAAAUUGAAAGAGGAGAAUCUGAACAAAGAGAAAGAUGAGCUGAACAAAAAUAAAAGAGAGCUGGACAAGGAGAAAACGGAGCUGGACAAAAAGAAAGCAGACUUGAGCAAAGAGACAGAGGAGCUGAACAGACUGAAAACAGAGCUGAGCAAACAGAAAGCAGAGCUGAGCAAAAAGACAGAAGAGCUGAGCAAAACGACAAAGGACCUGAACAAGGAGAAAGAGGAUCUGAACAAAAUGAAAGAUAAGCUGAGCAAAGAGAAAGAGGAGCUAAAGACAGAGAAAGAGGAGCUGAAGAAAGAGAAAGAGAAACUGAGAGUACAGAAAAAGGAGAAGGAAAAUCAAUGCAAAGACAAAGAUGCCCUGAAAAUCUUCUACAAUUUUGUCAUGACAUUUUCAUCCUUUAAAGUUGAACAUUUCUGUCCUCCAGAUAUGAGACCAAAGUGUCUGGAUUGCAGGAAAGGCUGGAUUUCCUUCAGGGGACACUGCUACUGGUUUGCUGAUACAGAAUAUCAUUCGAAUUUCUGGAACAUGUCUCGACAGAUGUGUCAGUUUGAUAGUGGAGACUUGGUUGUAAUUGAUGAUCUGGAGGAGCAGGUAAAACAUAAUGCCACCUCUACUCUUGAAAUGUUUCUGGAAGACUGAUAGCUUGACAAUACU